AUGACAAGCUAUAUCAACGCUUUGACCCGUGCUUUCGGAUCUGAUCAUGGUACCCUCAGUGUCGUGUUGAACGACAAAGAAGGCGUCGCCAGAGCGGGAUGCGAGCUUGGAGGGACAGUUGUCCUUCAAGUAGAUCAGGAGUCAACCGGAGGCAAGAUAGAGGUCGAAUUGGUGGGGAAGGAAAAAGCAAUUCGAAAGAAGGGGCCUAUGGACUUGUGCAAGGACCAUGUGUUCUUUACAGCUACAGUGCCCGUUUCCGACUUGUCCAGAUCGAGGUUGAAUCCAGGAGAGAUGAGGCUUCCCUUUUCGGUCAAUCUUCCCGGUUCUCUGCCAUCAUCCAGUAUGCACCGACUUGGAGUCGGAGAUGCGGGCUUUAACAUUCAAUACAAGCUCACUGCCCGAAUGGGAAGUUGUCACAAGUCGAUUCCAGUGGCGAUUGCCGCUGCGCCCCUCGAGCAUCAGCGGGCACCUUUUGUCAUGCAGCCUGUCACUCAACCCGUGAUAUCCGUGAAGGGAAAGAACCUCGGCUCUAUCUGCGUGGCGGCCAGUGUCCAGAACAUUCAUAUCCGAAAGGGAGAACAGCUUCGUCUUUCAUUGUCUUGUCGAAAUGACUCUCUUGUCAAGAUCCAACGUGUAGAAGUAAAAAUGGUGGAACUUUUGAAUUGGGGAUUGAAAGAAGGUUACAGCAAGACCAAGGUCAACAAGACCACACUUGCCAACAUUGAUGACCUCAAACUACCAGGUUUGGAGAGGGAAAACGCCAACAAGUCCAACAUUGUGGAGGUCAACCACCCAACGAUGGAAGAACAGAUUGCCAAGUACACCUCUAUGCACGACAAUUUGGCUUCGGGGACUAGUUCAGUGGAACUGGAAUGCCCAAUUCGAGCUAAAGAUUCCUACGCUGGGGUACUGGUGGACAUCAGACACUAUCUCAAAGCGAAGUUCAUUACAGACACGUACGGUGUGCAGCCUUCCAUCAAGAUUCCAUUGAAGAUUGGCCUACCAGACGAAAUUCCCAGGUCAAGCAUUCGGCUGACUUCUGCAGCAGCAUCCACAAAGAUAGCAUCGGUGGCUUUGGCAGAACUGCCCAAGGAAAGAUCGCCUGGCUGCAAUAACAAUGAGCUUCCACUGGCCUCUGCAGUUCCAAUACCCUCCUCUCCGGGAGCCAAGGACUUCGCAGUGGAAAGAGCAGUAGAACCAGCCCCAUCAUUGAGGCCAAAGAAAGUGAACUUCCACCAAGCAGUGACGGGACAAGACUGUUUUGAAAUUGAGACCAAUCUACAGGAUUUGAUUCCCAUGGUGCCCUCUACCUAG